UAACCAAAUCGGCCUUAACCCACUGUUAACCCACUUUAAACGCACGUGGGUUAAAGGUGGUCGAUUCAGUCGUUAACCCACCAAAUUUUAGAACAUGUACUGUUUUUAGAACAUGACUGACAGCCCCGGUUGUCAGUUUUUAACUCUGGGGUUUAAAUGUGCAAUCUAUGUCAAACGUAACGAAUGCGCCAAAAAAAAAGCUUGUCCGAUCUUGUUCGGCCGGUGUGUAUCUGCGUGUGUGUGUCAUUUUCACCGAUGCUGCUUAUAGGGAUACACAUUGGUUAAUAUUGCCUUUAUUGCGUGUAUUAUAUUGUGAUAUGGUAUUAGUGUGAUGUGAUUGUAACUAAGAUUUUAUUCUAUUUACCCACUGUAGUGAAGUCCUGAUCCGAGGCCUUUGUGUGCAUCCAUCUUCUAGCGCCUUUGUCAUUUCGACUAUCUGAAAAGAUUGAGAUAUCGACGUAAAAAGCCAUCCAAGUUGUUAGAGGACAUAAAGAACAGUAAAAUGCCGCACGCCAUAGUUCAGACAACUGAUGCAAGAGGAAAUGCCGAGCUAUAUAUAAUUCCAGAGGGCUGGAUACAGGAAACAAGCCGAGGCAAAACAUAUCAUCUUUGGCCAAAAUAUAAAAACAAACGCCAUCUUCAACAAAUGGUUAACGAUGGGAAUUGCACGGGCAAUCCUAACUGGGAGAAGAUUAAGUGCAUCGUGAAAAAAAAGAACAUCGGUACGAUAGAAGAUGCGGAGCAACUGGUAACUGCUAUGAGUGACGAAAAUAACUCUGAUUUUAGCAUCACAUCUGCACCUACAUUAGAUGGUAUACAAAGAGCUAACUUUGAAAACUUAAUGGUGAUAGAUGAUGUUAAAAAUGAAAGUACAGAAGCUAUUGAAGAAAAUCGAUGGUCUGAAUAUUCCAUAGAAUGGCUUCAUGACAAUGAUGCACAUGAUGCAGUUGAAUCGAUAAAUGGAUCGGUAGCAUCACUACAUUCAACCCAUGGCAACGAAACUAAAGUGGCUGUAGAAGAAAAUCAAUCCGCGAAAUACUCUACAGAAGAAUGGCUUCAUGAAAAUGACGCAAAUGAUAAAUGUGAUACAACUAAUGACUCGGUAGCAACUGUAUGCUCAAACCAUGGCUAUCAAAUGCUUGCAGAUAUGGACGAUGCCAAUGCACAAUACCCUCACUCAUAUAUCCCCUGUGAUCCAAAUAACUUAGUAAAAAGCAAUCAUCUGCCCAUAGAUGAAAACAACAAUGUUCCUAGACAUACACAAAACCGAAAAGGAGACUAUGACCAUACUCAGCAACUAAAUGAAAUAGAUAACAGGCUUUCAAGAAUCGAAAAGAUGCAAGCAACUCUUAUCACCCAAAUGAAUAUUUUGCUUGAUAAGACAUGUCCACGUGUGCCUCCACAUCUAAAAGAAAAGCAUGCUAAUAUUAAAACUAUAAAAACGUUGGAAGAUCUCGAAAAACUUAACAAAGAUCUAGAGUCAUUUACCAACAUGCGAACAAUAUUUGAUUGGCUAGAUUUUUUGAUAUCGGACCAAAUCAGCCAUAAUAGAUUGAUACAAGCAUUGGACAUUCUUUUUGACAAAACCUUUUUAACGAAAUGUAGUUGGACAGGUGUAGGAAGAACUGGGAGCAAGAUACAGUUUCAAUCAUAUCAAAAUGUUGUUAACCUUUUUAAAGAAAUAGGGUCUACUAAUGAUGAACAGCUUUCUUUGAAUGCAGUUGCAAACUUUUUCAAGGAUACGUUAAAGUACGCACAGAAGCGACUAAAUAAUAAAGGAUUAAGAAAAUCAACUAAACAUACUUUCAAACACCAUGAAAUGUGAUAUAUUGAAUCUUUAACAUAGUUCUAGUAACUCACAA